AUGUCCUCGAAAUUUUUAUUUCAAACCUAUACCCUUGCCCAUGGGAGUAGCAGGGUAGUGAAGGAAAGCGUCAAAACUGUGGUUCAGAAUUGUUCAAUUCUUUCUAAUUUGGCAGGAAAUAAUGACUUGUACCGGCAGGCCAGAGAAGCUUCAGACAAAGCGAGAAAUCAGGAGUUCACUUUGACUGCCGAUGCUCCAGAAGAGUUUGAUAUAUUCCAAGCAGCCAGGGAGAAGUCUAAGAGUGUAAAGCAUUCUACGAAAAAGGGAAACGAUAUUUUGACCAACCCGAAAAGACCCAAGACCAGCAAGAAGAAUAUCUCAAACAAACGAGAGUUUAGUACUGCGAGUUGUCGCUCAAACAAAGAAGACCCAAAAGUGAAGAAACAAGUUGUUAGCGACCCAGAGAAGGUGAAGUUUGAAAUGUCACAAUCGGCUGUGCCGUCCUCACGAAUUAGCAGAUUAUAUCAUUAUGGAACAUUGGCAGCAGGCGUUGGACUCGACGUUCUGCGCCAAAGCGUGCAGAAUUACGCAAAAGGUGAACAAUCGUCCUCGGUUGGAUCCAUGAUUAUGUCUCCUAGAAAUAUCGAACGAAUUGCCAAAAAGUUCAGCAGAAUGAGAGGAGCUGCUUUGAAGAUUGGCCAAAUGCUUUCAUUUCAAGAUUCCGCCGUUCUUCCACCAGAGAUUCAACAGAUUUUGCUCAGGGUUCAGAACAGUGCUCACUAUAUGCCGGCUAGCCAACUGGAAAAAGCAAUUGCGUUUGAGUUAGGAAAAGACUGGAGAACUCGCCAUUUUAAAUCAUUCGAUGAUAUUCCAAUUGCAGCUGCAUCGAUUGGACAGGUCCAUAAGGCAGUCACUGAAAGUGGUGAAGACGUUGUUGUGAAAGUCCAAUAUCCGGGAGUCUCCGAUAGUAUCGACUCCGACUUAGACAAUAUGCUUACUCUUUUAACAGCUUCACGUUUACUUCCUCCGGGUUUGUUUUUGGACAAAAGUGUUGCAAAUGCUCGGGUAGAAUUGAAAUGGGAAUGUGACUACUUGAGGGAAGCUUCGAAUAUUGAUAGAUUCGGCCAACUACUGAAAGACGACCCGGUUUUCGUUGUUCCUAAAGUGUUCCAUGAGAGUAGUGAUGAACAUGUUUUGACAAUGGAGCAUAUGAAGGGGACAGAGAUUAUGAAAAAGGAAUGGGAUCAGGACACUAAAAGCUGGAUUGCAUCGAAUAUUAUGAGAUUGACUCUAACGGAAAUUGCACAGUUCAAGUUCAUGCAAACGGAUCCAAAUUGGGCCAAUUUCCUUUACAACGAGGAGACAAAAAAAAUCGAGCUCUUGGAUUUUGGAGCUUGUAGAAACUACGAUAAGGAAUUCAUUAGGAUUUACCUGAAUUGCUUGAGAGCCUCGGCUAAAAAGGACCAUAAGAUGGUGGAGAAAUACUCACAAGAUAUGGGUUUCCUUACUGGUUUGGAAACGGAUAGUAUGACAAAUGCCCAUGUGGAGUCCAUUCUUGCACUAGGAGAGCCAUUCUCACCCCUUGAAAACCAUGGAAAGCCGUAUGAUUUCACUGGUCAAACUUUGACCGAUAGGGUCAGGGGUAACAUCAAAUUGAUGCUGAAUGAAAGACUCACACCUCCUCCCGAGGAAACUUACAGUUUGCACCGCAAACUGAGUGGAGCAUACUUGCUCUGUGCUAGAAUGAAAGCCGUUGUUCCUUGCGAACAGAUAUUCCAGGAAGUUGUUGGAUUAGAUUAUGAAUAG